AUGACUUCAUUCGACGAUGAUAUUUAUUUACUACCUCAUGUAAUAAAAUUUUGGCUUUAUCUUGUUAUUCUUAUUCCAUCAAUAAUUUGUUCAUUGUUUGUUCUUUAUUAUCUUCUUUUUGAUCGAACUUUACGUCGUGCUCUUAAUAAUCAUACAAUUAUUGUUCUUAUUUUUGUUUGUCUUAUUUGUCAACUGACUAUUUAUCCAUGGAUGCUCUAUUUCUAUAAAAAUGAUAAUCAUUGGUAUAGAACACUUACUUUUUGUAGUAUUUGGGGAUUUAUUGAUUGGGGCCUCUACAUAACUCAAGCAAUACUCUUUGCUUGGGCUUCAAUUGAAAGACAUAUUUUGAUUUUUCAUGAUCGAUGGGUUACAACAAGAAAGAAACGUUUUUAUAUUCAUUAUCUUCCUCUAAUAUUACUUAUGCUUUAUUGUUUACUAUUUUAUAGUAUUGUCUAUUUCAUUCCAUUUUGUAAAAACUUUGUUCAUGAUUAUGUUUCACCAUGUAUUAGUGUUUGUUCAUAUGAUAAUCAUGCAUUUUUCCUAUGGGAAACUGUAGUUCAUCAAAUAUUACCAAAUUUAACUAUUAUCAUAGCUAGUAUUACUUUAUUGAUACGUAUUCUUAGACAAAAACAUCGUAUGCGUCAGCGAAUUCAAUGGCGAAAACAUCGAAAAAUGACAAUUCAAUUAUUAUCAAUAUCAUUUCUUUAUUUGAUAUUUUCAUUUCCAAAUACAAUCAUGAUUCUUAUGUAUCUAUGUGGUUUACCAUAUCAUAUAGGUUAUAAUGUUAAAAUAUAUGCAGAAUUCAUUAGUUAUUUAGUUACACUUUUUUUCCCUUUUGUUUGUAUCGUUUCAUUACCUGAACUUCGAAAAAAAAUCAAAAGAAUUUUACUAUUACGUCCAACAGCAAUAUCUGUUUAUCCUGAAACUUUUACUAUAAAAUAUAAUAGAAAUACCAGACAUAUUGGUAUAUUAGACAAUAAAGUUCAAUAA